CAGUGACAACUCCCAUCUUACAGUGAAGCAUGACUGUAGGCCAGGCCCUCUCCUUUUUUCUUCAGGUUGUACAUCAACCCUCUUCUACUGGAGGAAAAACAGGUAGUAGAAAAUCACCUGGAGCUGUCUCACAUGUAACUGGUCUUUUCAAGGAACCUAACUCAUCUUCCUGUAUAAAAGGCAUGCCUUUGCCAAUUUCAGAUAGCUCAGAAGACAUGUCCCUCUCACAAAACCAUAGCAAUGACACUUGCAGCUUUGUACCCUGCAAUAACAAUGAAGAAAGAGAGCCUCCAAAAUUAUCUGGAAGGUCAAUGUUGAAUCAAGAAAGAAGAAAGAGUGAGGAAGAGGUGCAGGAAAAAAUAGAGUAUUGUGAUGGAAAGGUAGAAGAGGUGCUUACCGAUGGACGUCGAAUCCUCACUUUCCGCAAUGGUACUAAAAAAGAGAUUAGUGUUGAUAAAAGGACAACAACAAUUAGCUUUUCCAAUGGAGAUGUAAAGAAGAUCAUGCCAGAUCAGAGAGUGAUUUAUUAUUAUGCAGAUGCACAGACAACCCACACUGUUUAUCCAGAUGGCCUGAAGGUGCUGCAGUUCCCUAAUAAUCAGAUAGAAAAACAUUAUCCUGAUGGCACACAAGAAAUUGUGUUCCCAGAUCACACAGUGAAGUGCCUCUAUAGUGAUGGACUGAAGGAAACUUUUUUCCCAGAUGGCACAGUAGUAAAAGUAGAAAAGAAUGGAGAUAAAAUAGUGGUAUUCAGUAAUGGCCAGAAGGAGAUUCACACUGCACAAUUCAAGAGGCGGGAGUACCCAGAUGGCACCGUGAAAACUGUGUACUGCAACGGCAGACGGGAAACCAAGUAUUCCACUGGACGAGUUCAAAUCAAAGAUGAGGAGGGUAAUCUCAUCCUAGAUAAGAAGUAAUUCCUCCCCGCAAAGGGCUGCACUGUAUGUAUGUAGCUCAACCCAUUUUCUUGGCAGGUCAGAACUGUUAACAAGAUUUAACUUGUGGAAAGGACUGGAUGGAUCUGUAAGGCUGAAAAUUACUUUGGCUGAGUGACUGGCUUAGUUUGGAAUAACCUUAUAUGAAUGUAAUGUCUCUUGAGUGAGACUUGAAUGGGAUGCGGUCAUGUGCUCUUUGUGUAUGCAACAUUAAAAUAAAUGUCCACAGUAACUUCUCAUUGAAGUGUUCAUUUUAUGGUACUGAUCACAAUUUCCCUUGUUUUUCUGCCACUGUUGUGAAAGUGACUACAAUUCUGGACCAUGGCAUAAGAGCCUCAAGUAUACAGUUCAGUGCUGCCCUACGCUGACUAGAGCAGAUUGCUCAAAGGCCAAUCCAACCUGGCCUUGAACACUUCCAGGGAAGUGAAUUUUUUGAAAUCACUGAAACAUUUCUCUUGAGGAGCUCAGCUCAUUUACCUGCCCGUUGAUUGAGAUGCCCAGUUAUCUUCUUAUGCCCCCCAAAUUCCUGUAACAACAAAUACGUUUUCAUAGCAACAUUAUAGAAUUACUCUGUCUUCUCUUUAGUUUUCAGGGACUCAGACUAUUAACAAAUCACCAUUCAAAUUACAGAGUAUCUAUGAAAGAAAGAGCAAGGAGCAUUGCUGAUGUUGAUCACACACAUACUUCAGUUUAUCAAUUUAAUUAUGAUGCUAUGAACAUCCGUGCAGUUUGAUAUCGACUGGUGUAAUGAUAAAAUUGCAUUGUUUUCUCUUUACUGCUGCGUAACUCUCCUUUUCAGCUUUUCACUGCUGAAAUAACAUAUUUUAUUUGUUUUGUAAAAGGAAACUCUAGUCAAAAUAAAUCCAAGAUAUCAUUCUUUUCCAUGUGUCUCACUAAGAAUUUCAGUUCAUUCUUCCUUACGCUGAGCAAAACAAACAUAUGUUGAUUUUUUUCUCAAUUAGGCAUCAUAAAAAAGUGAAUGUGGUUAAUGUUUUCAGUUUGGCUGGGAAACUAAAUAUAUGAUACCAAUGUUUUAUAAAGCAACAUUGGUUUUAUUCCCAUGAAUUCCUCUAACAAAAGGUCCCUGUUCUCCAGUUAAAAUGCUGACAUUCUUUUUGUUUCUGUAAUAAUUUAGAAAACAGUCUUUGUUUGCAGCU